UCUGCCUAACUAUUUGAGCCAGGAGCUGUUCUAUCAGCACGACGGGACACACCUCUCUUCAGCCGCAGAAGAAAGCCGGGAAACAUUUAUGUGAUGAUACCUUCUAAUCAUUUCUGCGGAGGGUGCUGUUAUUCUGACACGCCUGGGAAACUCUGAACUAUGCAAACUUGCAAGAAAGGGUUCACGUUGCUGUUACUUGUCCUGGGAAGAGGUACGCGUCGACUUGACCCUUUUCGAAGUCCACGGAUUUAAACGCAAUCACGGAUUUAACAUGUAUGGCCUAUGGUGGAAAUGUGUUUUCUACACAGUUGUAUUUAGUUCUGCAGUCAUAUUUUUGGACAUACGGACAGAUGCAGCACUGGAGGGUUCUGCCAUGGACUACCCAAGUCUGCCUUACAGUCAGGAACUACCCGAGUUCAGUUCUGGGAUAAUGCAGCACUAUCCACACAUCACUCAGUUAUCGGAUAUCAAGGUAUCUCAGGAGAACCUUGGAGCCAUCUCCCGGCGGAAGCGCAACAUCCUUUUCCCAAGCGGAGUCAAACUCUGCGCGCAAGAGACCUCUCAGCAAGUUGCUGCCAACCAUCUGAGUUACUUUCACCUCAGAGUGUGCCAGGAGACCGUAUGGGAGGCUUUCAAGAUCUUCUGGGACCGCCUCCCAGAACAGGAAGAGUACCAAAGCUGGAUGAGCCGGUGCCAGGAGGGCACAGUUACGGCACAUGAAAUUGGCAACUUCUUCAGCCUGUCAGAGGAGCACCAGGCUCUGAUUAAACACCGAAUGACACUGCAAGGACAGAAAAGUGAGCCAACCAGGUCCUGGCUGCAUGUGUGCAGCACUCCUACACCAGAGACCCCAGAGAAGCCUGGGACUCCUGAGCAAGAAAUCACGGAUGAUGGUGAAGAGGUGGACGAGGUUGCUGCCAUCAUCCCAGAGGUGGAGGAUUUCACUGUAGUCACCGAGGCCAGUCCAGUGGACAAUGACAUUGCUGUGGUGCGUCCCACGCCUCCUAUGCUGGAGCAGGUGGUGGAGCUGAGCAUCCUGCUGACUGGAGAAACGUACAGCGAGGAACUCAGGAACCCAGCCAGCCUCCAAUACCAAACCCUCAGCAGACAGCUUACUGAGAAGAUAGAGGAUUCACUGGAGGGGCUUCCUGGAUUUAAGAGCGUCUCUGUGCUGAACUUCAGGCCUCAGAAGGACGGCCAAGGACGGGACGGCGUGGUGGUGGAUUACGCCGUCACAGUGCUGGUUGAUGGGGCAGGGGUGAGCAAUCUGCAGCUGGACUACCUGACCUUGCAGUCCAACCGGGUGGAGAACUCGUACCGUGAGGUCGAGGGACGCCCCACAGUCGUCUACACAGUCAGCGAGGUCAGGAACUACGCCACGGAGGCCCUGCAUCUGGAGGUUCUGGAUAGCGUAUCCCCUGAGUCUGUCCACACCACUGAUGCAAGCGCGGUCAUUGUGGUGGUUGACGAGCCACCACAUGCUCCUGUCCUGGACGGGGACACUGAGGAUGAGGAUAAAGAUGACUCCCUGCGUGAACCCACUGAGAGGGAAGCAGCUGUGGUAGAAGAGCAUGAUGUCAUUAUUUUGGAUGAGAGCGUAACUGAGUCUCCUACUCCAGUCCCAAGUACCACUGCAUCCACGGCUGGCAGCAUUGAGGAGGAAGGCCUGCUGCUUGAGGAGGAAAUUGUGCAGAUCCCCAAAGAAGUGAGCCCCCUGCCAGAGGAACUCCCAUCUGAGCCUCCCCUCCCUGAGCAGCCAGAGGUUGUUGCUCUGCCUGAACCACCAGUGGAAUCAGAGGCCUCCGGCUCAGGCAGAGGCGACCUGGAGGACCUGCUGUGGGAAUCUGCAACCACAGCUGAUGAUGAUGAAACUUCUCCUGAGGACAUCGCUGGAGAAGAGGAGUUCAUCACAGAAGAAGAGGUAGCUGAAGAUGUGGUGACUGUGGACGUGGCGGGAGAGGAGCAUGUGGAUGAGGUUGUUCUUGGUACAGCAGAGACUCCAGUGGAGCUUGAAAUCUCGACCAUCACAAUAGAAACUAUUGAGGAGGAAGGCCUGCCUGCUGCGGUCCCAGCUCCUGAUGUUACAGAGGAAACUGCGAACCCAGUGCCAGAGCCAGCGGAAGAAGGUGUACCUCCUGUUAGUGAUGUCACAGCUGUCAGUAUGGUACCAGCCCUUCUUGAGCCAUAUGAGGAAGAAGUAACAGAGGAAGAGGGGCUAGAGGUUCAGGUGGGCGUUGCACCGGAGGCUCCAGCUGUAGAGGAAGAGACCCCAAAAGCUCCAGAGAUCUUGAGGGAGGACCUUACAGAAGAUGAGAUCUUACUGGUUGAUAAAGACAUAAUAGAACCACCAAUCACAGACUUCCCAAGCCCUGCCCAACCAACUGUCCUGUCUCCAGAGAGGGAGUCACCUUUCACCCGCAUCUCUGACCUCAGACCUGUCAUUGAGGAGCUACCCGACAUAGAGAUCUCUGUCACUAUGGAGGUUCAGACCACUGAUCUGGACUUGAGUUAUGAUGGAGUUCCUUAUGGAUACGGUUUAACAAAUCAGACAGAAGAAGGCAGCACUGGAUUUCCGUCCAGUGUGGCACACGGCACGGACGUCAGCAUCGCCUUGCCUGUGAACCCAGGACGAGCGCUGAUGGUGUUCUUCAGCCUGAGGGUGACCAACAUGAUCUUCUCAGAAGAUCUCUUUAAUAAGAGCUCUGCAGAGUACAAGGCUUUGGAGCAACGCUUCCUGGAACUGCUUGUCCCUUAUCUGCAGUCCAACCUGAGUAACUUCCAGAACCUGGAGAUCCUCAACUUCAGGAACGGAAGCAUUGUGGUCAACAGCCGGAUGAAAUUUGGCAAGCCGGUGCCUCGCGGCGUCACCUCUGUUGUCUAUCUGAUCCUGGAGGACUUCUGUAACACGGCCUACCAGACCAUGAACCUAGCCAUCGAUAAGUACUCGCUGGAUGUUGAGUCAGGUGACCAGGCGGACCCCUGUAAGUUCCAGGCGUGCAACGAGUACGCAGAAUGUAAAGUGAACAGGUGGUCGGGCGAGGCGGAGUGUGUGUGUAACGCUGGCUACUUCAGUGUGGAUGGCCUGCCCUGUCAGAGCAUCUGUGACCUGCGGACCGACUUCUGCCUCAACGACGGCAAAUGUGACAUCAUCCCUGGCCAGGGUGCCAUCUGCAGGUGUCGUGUUGGGGAGAACUGGUGGUACCGAGGAGAGCACUGCGAAGAGUACGUAUCGGAGCCGCUGGUGGUCGGCAUAGCGAUCGCCUCUGUUGCUGGCUUCCUGUUGGUGGCGUCCGGAGUGAUCUUCUUCCUGGCCAGGACGUUACGGGAUCAGUACGACAAGGAUGAGUCUGAGGACCCCAUACGGCGAGCGGAGAGCCUCCCAUCUCUGGAGAGAGCUACCAAGUACAACCCCAUGUAUGAGAGUGAGGCCACCACGGGCUACAGCCACUACUACCGCCGCUACCCUGAGGCUCCCGUGUACAGCAGCGCCAGCGCCGAGGCCUCCACGGACUUCAGCAGCGAGGAGAUACGACACAUCUAUGAGAACAGUGAACUGACCAAGGAGGAAAUCCAAGACAGGAUACGCAUCAUCGAGCUGUACGCUAAGGACCGGCAGUUUGCUGACUUUGUGCGGCACCAUCAAGCUGUCCUGGAUACCCGCAGAGAGAGCUCCUCCACACACACAUAAAAGCAUCCUGUAAACAAGAAACAUGCCUUCAUGUUGCAAAAAUGAGGCGUCCUGUCAAGAAUUUGCUGCUGCCCCCCGCCCCAUUGCACUCAGAGAUGGAGUGUUUUUGUUUGAAAAGGACGGUCAUCUAACGCGCACGGCCAGUGCCCUUCUUUCUGUGGUCGUGACUGCUCUUCCUCCUUCCUCAGUGCCUUCUCUGUUGGUUAGCUGUGCUGAAAUGAGUGCGAUGGCAAAGGACUCGCUCUCUGCUCGCCCACCGGACGUUUCCCUUUCGGGGAUAACUGGACUCUUUCCUUAUUACUUGAAACGUUGAACAAUAACUUGCAAUAAUAUGUACUGUCUAGUGUGUUCAUUUGCUUGGUGACAUUGUAAAUUUGUCACAUCAUGUCGAAUCUGUUAAUUCUUAAUAAGAAGGAAGACAGAAUAUGUAAAUACGUAUAAAUGUUUGGAUGUCGGUUAUAGUUGUGAAAUGAUUUUAACAUUCUUUUGUUGUGUUCAUGUCACUCCAGUAGUCUGAAUAUUUUUCAAUGUGCUUCAUCCUCCUCAGUGAGGCAUUUCGACCAAACUGGAGACACAGAGAGCUGCUAUUGUUUCAAUGGUGCUAUCUUCAUUUAAAAUAGGCAACGUCUGCAGAAGUCUGGCAUUGCUCGCUAUAAUGAGUCAUUUUACAAUUGCUGGUAACGCCAGUGGAUCAGCUCCAUAUGUUAGUGGACGACAUUAAGGUGGCCAAAUGCAGCGCUCAGCUUUAUGUGUUGUGCAGAAUAUUACUGUAGAAGCCACCUUUGACAGGGAGAAGAAUGACAGGCAGGCGAUCCCGCCGCCUUUCCGAAGACUUCUCCUAUCAGAGGCUUUAGUGUUUGUUUUGGAAAUUUACGACGAGGCAGACAUGAGAGUGAGAAAAAGCAGGGAUGUGAGAGGGCAAGCGCAUGAGCCCUCUCAAGCUCUGGGAUCCAGAAAUAAGUGAAAAAACAUUCAGAAUGGAAAAAUAUUCCCUGGCCGGCAGCCCAGGGAUUUGAUCAGAUUGUCUGCUUUCAGAUGUAAUAUGUAAUGCAACUGAAAACAUCUAAAGCAGAGGGGAAACCAGAAAAUUUAAGUUGAUAAACAACAUGUGCUUUUUGGAAAGGCUAUCUCAAGCGGCGUCUUUCUUUGAAAAACUUGGGGUUACCAGUAAUUCAAAAAAAUGGUCUGACCUGUAACUACUUGUUUGGCAACAGUCCUGCUCCUCAAACUGAAAGCUUCUGACAAACUAAUUCCAGUGUUUUCUUUGGUAUUUUCGUACGUUCCUCCGUGGGCUUGUUGUGCUUGACCCCGCUUGUCUUUUUGAGCGGACCCUCACAGCUGCAGCUGAUUACGCUCUGUAGGUUUCCGUUUGUUGUGAGCCAGUGUGACUGUCCGUAUUCUUAGGGGGUCAAAACCAAGUGCGUAGAUCAUGUGCUAGCUUCUUGUUUACAUUACAUGCUUCUUUUGCUCUUUGCAUCUUUUAUGGUCCGACACACGCGAAACACUGGUGAAGCAGACUCUUGUGACAGUGUCAUGCCUUUGCAAUCUGUGUGUUCUGUUGUAUUUUUAUAUGCACUCUUUUUCAUGCUCACAUACACAUUUUCUCACCUUUCUCCAUCUGCCACCUGGACAACCAGCCAACUGUUGCAUACAGUGUUCUGUUAUGUAAAUGAGAAUGAAGAUAUUAUUAACAGUUGCAUUGUAGAAAUGUCUGAAAUGUUUCAAUAUGUAUGAAGAAUAUUUUUUACUGAUGAACGUGUUAUUAUUUUAACAGUAUUACCCUACCAUGCAGGUGUGUAAAUGACUGACUAGUAAAAAAUCAGACUACAUUAAAAAUAAAAAAAAAAAGUUUUAUACAGAA